AUGAUCGCGGUUUCGGGACAAUACAUCUACAAAGAUAUCAGCGGACAGAAGGAAAGCAGCGGCGGGAGUAACUGGGGCAUAAGCGUUCCCCCCGCAUUUUACUUCAUGAUGUUCAUUGUGGGCUGGGAGUUAGUGAGAGACUUUCUUAAACUGCUGCUUUAUGCUGUCCAGGGUCGAGUAAAAGGCCGCAAGAAACAUCAUCACGCUGACACUGAGGAUGCCAGGAAACGCCUGGAUGAUGACACGAUGGACAGGUUUCAUUGCCGCUGCUGCCGUUACGCCGCCUUGCGCGACUGA